GCGCUUGGGAUUCGGCAACUGGCCAUGGACACCACGCUCAUGGAAGAGGAGCUCAUGGCGCAGCGGGACGUCGCCAAGCUCAUCGUACAGGAGCUGCGGUCGGAGGUCGAGGCCUACAAGGCGCGCGUGCGCACAAUGGAGCGGCGCCUCGAGCUCUCCGAGACCAAGCGGAUCCAGGUCACCGCGGUUGCACGGCGAGCCAAGGCCAAGAUCGCGGCCCACGAGCAGUCGACCUACCACGAGAUCCUGCUACUGCUGCUAGGUGGUAUUCUUGGGGGCUUUUUUGGAUGGUGCUUGGGCCUUGUCGUGCUCGUCUUGGACGGCCCACCUGCCUUGGCCUUCCUCCUCAUGGGCCCCAGCGUCGCCUGCCUCGUCGCGCACCGCAAGCGUCACGAAUGGCGGCAAGAGACGCACGCGAUGGCGCAAUCCACAAAGCACCUUCGCCCAACCGCCCACCGCGUCGUGCACCGCGACGCGCCGCUGUGGCGCAGCACGCUGCAGACAGCGCUGCACUUGACGCACAGCAUCGUCUCGUUCUUGUACCAUGGGCACGCGUAGCGCGCAGGCAUUCUUAACUUAGUCGAUUCUUCGAGACACAAGACAUAAUACAUUACGCGUUUCUUAC